AUGACUAUUGCAAACAACAUUAAGACUACUAUUCCACAAACAAAAAGUGCAAGGGAAUAUCUUGAGUCUGUGGAAGAACGUUUUUGCUCUGUUGAUAAAUCACUCGCUGGUACAUUAAUGGUGCAACUCACGACCAUAAAGUUUGAUGGGUUAAGGAGCAUGCAAGAACAUACCAUUGAGAUGACUAAUAUUGCAGCAAGAUUAAAGUCACUGGGUAUGGUAGUAGAUGACUCUUUUAUGGUGCAAUUCAUUCUAAAUUCAUUGCCUUCUGAGUAUGGAGCCUUCCAAAUUAACUAUAACACUAUGAAGGAAAAGUGGGAUGUUAAUGAAUUGAUUGGAAAGCUCAUUCAGGAGGAGAAUAGGCUUAAAAAUUCAAAUGGUCACUCUGUCAAUCUGGUACAAGGAGCUGGCAAAGUAUUGAAGCCAAAGGCCAAGAAUUUUAAAAAGAAAGGACGAAAGCAAACUAGACAUAACAAGAAAGGAGCCACAAGAAGCACCCAACUUCUUUAA